GGCUGGCAGUCCAAGCCCUCGCCCACGCAGCCUCCCAGCCACCCACCCACCCAGCCUCCUAUUUUUGGCCCCAGACAGCCGGAUCCUCCCUCCAAGAAGCCAAAAGAAAAGAAAAACCGAGGGGAAAGCCCUGGAUCUCCUUCUCCUCCUCCCUGGCGUCCCUUUGCCAGCUGCGUGGGGGAAGCCCUGGUGCCAGCCAGGAGGGGGGCUGGGGUUUGGGCUCCUCUGGCUGCUUGGAUCCCUGCCACCUUCCCCUGGCUGCUCCGGAGCAAAAGUGGAUGGGAAGAGCAAGCCUUUCCAAGAGCAACUGCAGGGCAAGGAAGAGGAAGAGAGAGAGAAGAGGGCUUGGGGGUUGCUUUUGGAGGGGCUCUGCUAGGAAGGAAGCACCCUCCUCCCUCCUUCCAUCUCCAGGGCUGGUCUCCUCCUCCUCCUCCUCUGCCUGGGUUUCCAAGGCGAGUGGAGGCAAAGGAUGGGGCAGCGCAGGAGCCUGGUCCUCCUGGCGCUGCUGCUGCUGCUGCUGUGCCUGCUCUCCUCCUCGGGGCUGAGCGAAGGGAGCCGAGGAGCCGGGAAGAGCGGCUGCCCCGCCUGGUGCACCUGCACCAAAGACAACGCGCUCUGCGAGAACGCCCGCGCCCUCCCCCGCAGCCUCCCCCCGGAGCUCACCUCCCUAUCCUUUGUGAGAUCUGCUUUUACUAAAAUCCCAGAACGGAGUUUUGUCUUCUCACCGUCUCUGCAACUCCUAUUAUUCACAGCAAAUAAUUUUGACGUCAUUAGUGGUGAUGCUUUCAUAGGCCUUCCUCAUCUAGAAUAUUUGUUUAUAGAGAAUAACAACAUCAAGUCACUUUCAAAUACAUCUUUCCGAGGGCUGAAGUCAUUGAUUCACCUGAGUCUUGCAAACAAUAACCUCCAAACGCUCCCCAAAGACAUAUUCAAAGGAUUGGAUUCAUUAACCAAUGUGGAUCUUAGAGGAAAUGCAUUCAAAUGUGAUUGCAAACUGAAGUGGUUAGUAGCAUGGCUAAGCAGAACAAAUGCAACAAUAGAAGAUAUUUAUUGUGAAAGUCCACCAGAAUAUAAGAAACGCAAGAUCAACAACCUUUCUCCCAAUGAAUUCGAUUGCAUUAUUACAGAAUUUGUUGUGUUUCGAAAAUUACCGUAUCAGUCUCUCUCAGUGGACAGUUUCUCAUACCUGAAUGAUGAAUAUGUGGUUAUUGCCCAGCCUUUCACUGGAAAAUGUAUCUUUCUUCAGUGGGACCAUGUGGAAGGGACUUUUAGGAAUUUUGACAAUAUUACAGGGAUUUCAGUGGUUGUCUGCAAGCCUAUCAUUGUUGAGAAUCGCUUGUACAUCAUAGUCGCCCAACUGUUUGGUGGUUCCCAUAUCUACAAAAGAGACAUUCAUGCAAAUAAAUUUAUAAAAAUCCAAGACAUUGAGAUUCUCAAAAUCAGAAAGCCCAAUGACAUCGAAACAUUCGCAAUUGCAGAAGAUGCAUACUUUGCAAUAGCAGACAGUUCAAAAGCCGGCAUCACUACUGUUUACAAAUGGAAUGGGAAUGGGUUUUAUUCUGACCAGUCUUUGCAUGAGUGGUACAGAGAUACAGAUGUGGAAUAUCUUGAAAUAGCUGGAAAACCUCAUUUGAUCCUGUCAAGUAGUUCUCAGCACCCUGUCAUAUAUCAGUGGAGCAAAGGGACAAACAACUUCAUGGAUCCUGUUGAUAUUCCAGACAUGGAAGAUGUUUAUGCUGUUAAGCACUUCAUGGUGAAAGAGGAUAUUUAUGUUUGUCUAACAAGAUUCAUUGGUGAUUCCAAAGUGAUGAAAUGGGGAGGAUCCAAAUUUCAGGAUUUACAAAGGAUGCCAUCAAGGGGAUCAAUGGUAUUCCAGCCUCUUCAGAUAAAGAAUUACCAAUAUGCUAUUCUUGGAAGUGAUUAUUCUUUUACCCAAGUCUAUUUUUGGGAUACAGCAAAAGCCAAGUUUGUGAAGUUCCAAGAAUUAAACAUCCAAGCGCCAAGAUCUUUCACGCAUGUCUUUGUUGACAAAAAAGAUUUUCUUUUUGCAUCAAGCUUUAAAGGGAACACAGUGAUUUAUAAACAUAUCAUAGUUGACUUAAGUGCGUGACACACAGACACACACACACACGCAGAGAGAGAGAGAUACACACAGUGUGUGGAGUCUGUUGUGAGACUUCCUCCACCAAUCAUGAGGACUUGAUGAACUUGGUGCAUGACAAUGAUUCUCUUUACUUCCAGUCUGCGGAAUGCCUUUAACAGUUGAGAUUACUAGAAUUAAGUAUCUUCAUCAAUAAAUGUCAAGUCUAGUGCUGUUGGGAACUGCAUUUUUAAGCAAGACAAAUUGUUAACUAUUCUUUGAAGCCACUAUGUAAAUAUGUACUGAAACUCCAUCUGUUUUAGGUGGGAAGGAGGAAACGAUAAGAUGUAAUUUUCCAUUACGCACCUAUUUGAAAACUGCCAAAUAAAAAUGUUUACAUUUUCUUUCA